AUGGAAGUGUUCCAAGUGUACAUCAAGCAGCAACUGCCGCAGUACCUUGCGUCGCUGCCCAUCCCUGCGACGCUGGAUGGCUACUUGGAGUUGACGCAGGAGGAGUGGCUGCAGAUUGCUCCUUUGUUCUCCCUCAUCUUUAGCAUGAUUCUCUUGAUCAGUAUCCAGUUCUUUGUUGGCGCACCAUCCAGCUCUGCACUCAAUACAGCAGGCCAUGAAGCAAAAGAAGUGCGCAAACUGCAGAAGAAGACUGCUUUCUGCCGCUGCUGGCAAAGCAAGAAGUUCCCUCUGUGCGAUGGCUCCCACCACGAGCACAACAAGCGCACUGGCGACAACCUUGGUCCCAUUGUUGUGGAGUAA